AUGGCAACUCAUCCAAGGUUUCUAUGCAUGGUUCUUCUUCUUUCAUGCAUUGUUUUUACAUUGCUUGGGGGAAGUUAUGGAGAUAAUGUAGAGAAUAACAAUGAUGAUGAUGAUUGUUCUUCUCGGAGUUGGCGUGGUUGUGGUAGUUUUUAUGGAAAAUCUGCCAAAAGAUAUGGUGGUGGAGGAGGUGAUGGGUACGGGUAUGGAGAAGGGUAUGGUGCUGGAGCUGGUAUGAGUGGUUAUGGUGGUGUUGGUGGCGGUGGAGGUGGAGGCGGCGGAGAAGGUGGUGGCCGUGGUGCAAAUGGAGGAUCAGGUCAUGGAAGCGGAUCCGGUGCUGGUGCUGGAGUUGGUGGAUCAAGUGGUGGAGCUGGAGGGGGUGGAGGAGGGGGUGGAGGAGAAGGUGGUGGUGCUAAUGGAGGAUCAGGCCAUGGAAGCGGGUCUGGUGCUGGUGCUGGAGUUAGUGGAUCAAGUGGUGGAGCUGGUGGGGGAGGAGGGGGCGGUGGCGGAGAAGGUAGUGGUGCCAAUGGAGGAUCAGGCCAUGGAAGCGGGUCCGGUGCUGGUGCUGGAGUUAGUGGAUCAAGUGGUGGAGCUGGUGGGGGUGGAGGGGGCGGUGGUGGAGAAGGUGGUGGUGCCAAUGGAGGAUCAGGCCAUGGAAGCGGGUCUGGUGCUGGUGGUGGAGUUGGUGGUGCAAGUGGUGGAGCCGGAGGGGGUGGAGGAGGCGGUGGCGGAGGAGGAGGUGGUGCCAAUGGAGGAUCAGGCCAUGGAAGCGGAUCCGGUGCUGGUGGGGGAAGUGGUGGAGCCGGAGGAGGUGGAGGAGGAGGAGGUGGAGGAGGUGGUGGUGCAAAUGGAGGUUCAGGCUAUGGAAGCGGAUUCGGUGCUGGUGUAGGAGUUGGCUUUGGAAAUAGUGGAGGAGGAGGAGGCGGAACAGGAAUAGGCAAUGGAGGAGGAGUGGGUUUUGGAAUGGGCAUUGGCUUUGGUAUUGGCAUUGGUGGAGGAAGUGGUGGUACCACUUAUCAAUCCAAUCUCACCGGUGACAAAACUUCUCCCUAG